UUUUCAAUGGCGAGGUGGGGUGAAGGCGACCCUCGUUGGAUAGUGGAAGAACGUCCUGAUGCAACAAAUGUUAACAAUUGGCAUUGGGUUGAAAAAGACGCUACUCAAUGGUCAAUUCAAAGAUUAAAGGAUUUAUUGGUUAAUCAAACUUUUGAAAAUGAAAAUGUUAAAAUUGAUUUUACUCAAUUGGGGAAAAUUGAAGAGGCAAGUGCUAAUAAUCGAAAAGGAAAGCUUAUAUUUUUCUAUGAAUGGACAAUUUCUAUCGAUUUUACCGCUGCCGUGAUUGAUUCGGCUAUGGUUUAUACUGGAACUAUACAGAUUGAAAAUUUGAGUGAUGAAUUUGAAGCAAAUGAAAUACGAACUUCGUCUUUUAUUAAAGAUGCUGGUCCUGAGACUUCUUUUUUGUUUAAUUUGCUUAAUAAAGAAGUUCUAGAACUUGUUCGUUCUCAAAUCGGGAAAUAUAUUGUUGAUCUAAAGAAGGAAUAUAGUCAAGGAUUAAUUCUACCAACUGAUUCUGCACGCAAUACUACACCAACAUCAGCUCCUUCCAAAUCGAGAACUGUCGUCAGAAAUAGUGAUACUUUAAAUAAAAGUGCUUCUGAAGCUAAAGUUGACAAAGUUGUUUCUUUUGUUAAUUUUGAACUUGUGGAAUCAUUUAAAGUUGCGCCACAGCGUUUAUAUGAAAUAUUAACUGAUCCAUCGUUAGUUCCUGUUUGGUGUCCAGAUUCUACAAUUGAUGCACGUGAUGGAGGAUCUUUUUCAAUGCUUUCUGCUAUUUCUGGGACUUUUACAUCUCUUAUCAAGGAUAAACAAAUCUCUAUGAAAUGGCGUUUAAAAUCAUUCCCAAAGGAUGUUUGGGCGAACAUUAUUUUAAUUUUGCAUGAUAAAGGUGACAGUGUCGAUUUGCAAGUAAAGGCUGAACAAGUUCCGGAGGAUCGUGUGGAGGAGACUCGUGAAGGUUUUCGUCGUUAUUAUUUUAAACAUAUUGGAUACCAUUUUGGAAUUUCUCUUCAAAUUAUGUAA